AUGCAGCCAACCAAGGGAAACAGGAGGUUCAAGCAGCUCCAGGCAGGAGAAAGCGAGGGAGACCAAGGAAGGUCGCAGAAGACGAGAGCCGGCAUGCUCCUGCCAGACAAGACCUUGUCGAUGACGGUGAAGACGGAGAAAGCAGAGUCAACUCGGUCCGACUCGCUUCAAAACCGAUUCGUGAUGAGGGUUAUCUCCGAGCGCUCUCGAAGGAACAAAGUCUUGCUGAAACAAAACAAAGAUGGCGAGACGCAUAACGGGGAAUUGGAGGCUUACGGAGAGUUGAUUGAACAAGCACAUAAACUGGUAGAUGAGCAGCCUGGUGGGCAGGAGCCUCAGGAAGACGAGGAAGCGAACAAAGCCUUCUUGCACUUUGUUCCCUUCGUCGACAUGAGGGAUGUCAGGGAAUGCAUGCCCGAACGAUUGAUCGGUUGUAUGAAAAAAUAUGACCUCUCUUCAAACCCCAAACGCUUGCGAGGGCAACUGCUGCAGCGCCUAGAAGAUCCACUAGGGUCCAAACAAGAAGAAGAGCUUGUGACAAGUCUGCUUUGGAUAUCUGUUGCAUUCCCUUUGUUUGCCACACUUGUCCCUCACAUGGCUGUGCAGGUUUUUCACAAUCACGUGGAAUGCUGCGUGGCAGCUCGGCAGCUCCUCCAGAAGUUUUUAAGAUCAGCGAGGCAAGUGAAACCUCUACGCGAAGCCAAUCUUCCGGGUGAUACCACGAGCAGGCUAUCGUUGGCGGUGUUUGAUCAGGAUGUUUACAACUGCAUGGUUGAUGUCGGGAUUCCCGAACGAGAGGUCGGACAACUUUUGAAGGUAGAGAUGCAUGCGGCAGAUGUUACCAGAGCGCAGUCCGACGCCACAUCAAAGAAGGCCCGGCCCCCAUACAUCAUACACAGCAAGGGCACUCGAAUCUGUGUCAAGACUAAGAUGGAGGGAUGGAAAGAAGGCAGGCUUAUGGAAUUCGAUUCGAAGCAAUACUACUACAAUGUCGAAAUUCUUCCUCCGUCAAAAUACAAACACCCCCAACACAAAGAGUUUCCAUCCCACGAAUUUAUCGCGCCUCAAGAGGAGGAGGAGAAAAGCACAGACGGCAAGGACGGGAUCUUGUACGUUGGAAGGUUGUUUCUGGUUAUCAAGGAUGCAAUGGAAAGGUGGAUGCGGCCGAGCAAGGAGAAGCGUCUGCAAUGGAUUGCCCUCAUCCUCCGACUGUUGGCUGACCCUCGAAUCCAACAAGACGGCACCUUCGAGCUCCGUGACCUCGACGGCGAGAUGGCGGAUGGUCACAACGCGCGGGAAGCGAUUGCCAGCUGCCUGCAUACUCUGGUCAGGAGUUGGCGAUGGGAGGACGUCAAAGCGCAAUUGAUGGAAGUAUUCUUCGACGAUGACGUCACGGUUUCCAAUCAGAGUCGCUGUCAGUUGCUGAGGCAGUUGUGGCCCUACUCACAAGACACGGAGAGAGUCCACAGCUCUUUGACUGCUCGCCUGAUGAAAACCAUGCUGGGAAAGGAGGUGGCUGGAGACGAGGUUGGAUCACCGAUGGAGCUCGUCGAGCUUUCUCAGCUUAAGGUCAACUUCGUAGUCGAGGAGGAGGAACUCUUUAAAGAAGCAGUCGAGUCCCGAUCAAGAGAGAAGAUGAAUGCCAAAGAUUUGAACAUAUUCUGCUUAUGCUUGGAGAUGGUUGUCUCCCGCCUGUCUUCGAACGCUGGCAGAGGAGCCUGCAGAGGAGUCAGCAAGGGAGUUUUCUAUCCUGUAGAGCUGUUCUUAUCCGAGUACAGUGCUGUCUUCCUUGUUGAAGCUCUCGCCAUCUCGCAAUCCCGCUAUCCAACUGUCCUUCGUUUCCAUUUGAUAUCCUUAUGA